CGACCGCCUGGAUUCGCUCGCGUCCACCUACGGGCCUCUGUUCCGCUUGUCGUUAGGGCACCUCACCUUCACCAUCGUCCUGCACCCCGACGACAUGCAGGCCGUCAUGACCAGUGGCGAUGCAUCGGAUAAGUCACUGGUGUACAGCGCUAUCGAGCCGCUCUUAGGCGCCGGGCUCGCCACCCUGGGCGGAGACGCGUGGCGUCGGCACCGCAAGGGCAUCACGCCCAGCCUGCACCUCGACAUCCUGCACGACUUUGUGCCGAUCUUCUCCAAGCAGGGUGCGGCUUUCGCCGAUACGCUGGCCGAGCUCGCAGACAGUGGGGACGCGUUCGACGUGACGCCGCUAAGCGGAGCCUGCGCCAACCACGCUAUCUUCGAGACCGUCAUGUCCUCCGACUUGGACAAGGAUGACCCAAUGAAGCGUGCUAUCCUCGACGGCAUACCCAAGGCCCUCGACCACUUCAUGUACCGCGUGUGCAGGCCCUGGUUUCUCAGCGAGUGGGCCUACUCGUUGCACCGCUCGCAGUUCUCGGACUACGUCAACUUGAAGAACACCUUCAACCUAUUUAUCCAGAGAGUCAUCCGCGAGAAAAAAGAGGCACUGAAGAACAACGAACCCCUUCCCCAACGGAAGCGACAGGCCUUUUUGGACCACGUGUUGUCCUCUGCAGAGGGCGCUGCGCUAAGCGAAGCGGAGCUCGCUGAAGAGGUCAAGACUUUCGUUGGCAUAGCCUCGGGGGGCUCAAUGGACGCCCUCACCUUCUUUAUCUACACACUCGCAAUCCGCCAGGACAUUCAGGACAAAAUUAGACAAGAGAUGGACGACAUCCUUGGCGAGGACUGCGGACGCCUCGUGGAACACUCGGACCUCGCCCACAUGCAGUACACGGGGCGGGUGAUCAAGGAGACGCUGCGCUACUUCACCACCUUGCCCACGUUUGCGCGCACAGUCAGCGAGGACUUGCCCCUGCCGUCCGGCUUCACUAUCCCGCGCGGGUGCCAGGUGGCCUUCUGGCUGCCCUACGUGCAUCGAAACCCCCAGUGGUUCCCGGAGCCGAACAAGUUCGACCCAGACCGCUUCCUCCCGGAAAACUCACGCGGUCGCCACCCCUUCGCCUUCGUGCCGUUCAGCGCCGGGCCGAGGAACUGCAUCGGCCAGCGGUACUCCAUGAUGUUCCUCAAGGCGGUGGCGGCCGCCAUCGUUCCGCGGCUACGGUUCGAGGUUCCCGACGACGGCCCCAAGCGUCUCGAGGACGUACCGCUCACGAUGAACCUCACCGUGUCCGUGCGGGGCGGCGCCAACAUCCGGGUGCACCGGCGGUGACAGGGCUCGACGCACUGCGAGCAGUAAAGCUUAAGAACUUAGUUAAGUGAUCACGCUAGCGCUGAACGUUUUAAGGGCAUGAAUUAUUAGGUGUUAAAAUGCAAAGUUUAAAGUUUUCGUUGUAGCCAUCAAAAGUUGUUAGAUUCGUUCGGGUCAGUCAUGAGCAUCAACAUUUUAGCUAGGGGACCUCAACUUUCGGUUACGCAGCAGAUCUAAAACAUGUCAUUGCCCAUGACUAACCAAGACGAACCAAUCGACAUUUGGGUAUUAAAAAAAAUAAUGAAUGCAAAUAAAAAUUUAUCUAUCCGUGCUGGCUGGCCCAGAAGUCCAUCACUGGCUGAGCUAACGUAAACCUCCAGCUGCGAAGCCACUUCUAUCCAGCCGGCCUUGGCAGCCGGGGGUCGCGUUCCCGGUCGCGGCCUCAACUGCCUUGUUGGCCAACCUAACAGAUUUCAA